UGUUGCUGAUCCGACGUGCUGCUUCCUGACUGGCUGACCCUGUGGAGUCCUCAGUGGCCGACAGGUGGCCCCGACAUGAGUUACCUAGAGCUAAGGAAAAAAAAAAUCACACUCCACUGACCUUAUCUCGUCUUCACUUCCCGCGCCCAUGGCGAUGGCUGCUGCUUCUCCUCACACUCCAAUGGCCUCCGCGGCCAUUUCCAUCACCUGCUCCUCUUCUUCCUUUGAAGAUGAAGACGGCGCAGCCUCCUCCUGGUCGCUCUCCUCCCCGCGCCGCGGGCCGUACCGUCGCCUCCUCCAUGACGAGGCGCAGCGCCUUCGCCGCGCGCGCCGGAGCCAGGGCCCGAGCGCCGACACGCCCCGGUGGGUGCGCCGCACCGUGGACCAGAUGGCCCGCUACGUCGGGGACGACCGCGCCGGCCACGUGUACGGCCGCCACGUGGUCGCCGCCGUCCGCGCGGUGCGCGCCACGGCGUCGCGCCCCUCCGCGGACAUGCGCGUGGUCAUGGCGUCGUUCGUGGCCAAGCUCACCUUCCGCGAGAUGUGCAUCGUGCUCCGCGAGCAGCGUGGGUGGCGCCAGGCGCGCGACUUCUUCGCCUGGAUGAAGCUUCAGCUAUGCUAUGAACCAAGUGUCGUCGCCUACACCAUCCUCCUGAGGUUAUAUGGCCGGGUUGGGAAGAUCAAGCUUGCUGAAGAGACUUUUCUUGAGAUGCUCGAGGCUGGCUGUGAGCCUGAUGCAGUGGCAUGUGGAACCCUCUUGUGCGCAUACGCCAGAUGGGGGCGGCACAAGGACAUGAUGCUCUUCUACUCCGCCGUGCGCAGGCGCGACAUAGUGCCCCCCAUUUCGGUCUUUAAUUACAUGAUCUCGUCUCUGCAGAAGCAGAAGCUGCAUGGCAAAGUUAUCCAUGUGUGGAAGCAGAUGUUGGAAGCCGGUGUAGUGCCAAAUCAGUUCACAUACACAGUAGUUAUCUGCUCCUAUGUCAAGGAAGAUCUCUUGGAGGAGGCUGUGGAUGCAUUUGGUGAGAUGAUGAGGUGUAGAUUUGUUCCGGAGGAGGCGACUUAUAGCCUUUUGAUCAGCUUGAGCUCCAAACAUGGAAAAGGGGAACAAGCAUUGAGGCUUUUUGAAGAUAUGAAGGCUCAGGGAAUUGUCCCCGGUAAUUACACCUGUGCAUCUCUCUUGGCGCUCUACUACAAGAAUGAAGACUACUCAAAAGCACUUUCACUAUUUUCCGAGAUGGAACAUAAUAAGAUUAUUCCUGAUGAAGUUAUCUACGGAAUUCUUGUUAGGAUAUACGGUAAGCUUGGGCUUUACGAGGAUGCACAGCACACAUUUGAGGAAAUUGAGAAGGCGGGCCUUCUGAGCGACGAGCAAACUUAUGUGGCAAUGGCACAAGUUCACAUGAAUGUUGAAGAUUAUGAUAAAGCUCUGGAGGUGUUAGAAACUAUGAGGGCGAGGAAUGUGAAACCGUCACACUUUUCUGACAGUGCUCUUCUCCGAUGUUAUGUUGCAAAGGAAGACAUAGCUGCUGCCGAAGAUACCUUCAGAGGACUCUCCAAAUAUGGCAUCCCUGAUGUGUUUUGCUGUAAUGACUUGCUCAGGUUGUAUAUGAGGCUAGGACAUCUAGGGAAGGCCAAGGCACUAGUUUUGAAGAUCAGGGAAGAUGAUUUGCAGCUUGAUGAGGAACUCUGUAUGACAGUGAUGGAAUUUUAUUGCAAAAGCAGUAUGAUUGAUGACGCAGAGAAAUUAUUCAAAGAGAUUCAGAAAAAUGAAAGGACCAUGAAAAUUUCAACAAUGGUUUCGCUCAUAGAGAUGUAUGCUAGAGAUAGAAACACUGUGAUUCAGAAAGAAGAGAGCCUGUCAAAGGCGCUGGAUCCAAUUGGCAGUUCAGCAGCUAGCAUGGUGUUGAAAUCCUUGUUGGACACACCUGGGGGCUUGUCCAGUGCGUGCCAAUUGAUCAGCAGACUUGCUAGAGAAGGGAGUACAGAUGUGGCAAAAUUAAUUUAUGAGCAGCUGACUGAAUUGGGAGCCAAGCCUGAUGAUUCUAUAAUUGCUACUUUGAUUGUGCAAUAUGGUCAGGCCCAGCAGUUAGAGCAAGCCCAAAAACUGUUUGAGUCAGCAUCAUCAUCGUCACCAGUAGGAGGCCAUGUCUACAAUGCCAUGGUUGAUGCACUAUGCAAAUGUGGCGAAACUGACAAAGCAUAUAAUCUUUUCAUGGAAAUGGCUCAUCAAGGCAAUAAUAGAGAUGCUGUUACAAUUAGCAUACUUGUAACUCACCUGACUAAACAUGGGAAAUUUAAAGAGGCUGAAAACAUCAUACAUGGCUGUUUCCGCGAUGAAGUUCAGCUCGAUACUGUCGUGUACAAUACUUUUAUCAAGUCAAUGCUUGAGUCAGGUAAACUGCAUUCAGCCGUCAGCAUAUAUGAUCGCAUGAUAUCCUCUGGCAUUUCACGGUCCAUGCAGACAUUCAAUAUAAUGAUAAGCGUUUAUGGCAAAGGAGGAAAGCUGGACAAAGCGAUCGAAAUGUUUGCCGCUGCACAGGAACUAGGCUUGCCUAUUGAUGAGAAGACAUACACAAACAUGCUUAACUUAUACGGAAAAGCCGGGAGGCAUCAAGAGGCGUCCUUACUGUUCAAAAGAAUGAAGGGAGAUGGCAUCAGGCCUGGAAAGAUCAGCUUCAAUUCCAUGAUCAAUGCUUAUGCCACUUCAGGACUGCAUAGUGAGGCAAAGAUUGUAUUCCAGGAGAUGCAGGACCGAGGUCAGGCUCCAGACUCACUUUCCUAUCUCGCGCUGAUCAGAGCAUACACGGAGGGUAAACGCUACACAAAAGCCGAGGAAGCCAUCCGCAUGAUGCUGAACAGCAACAUAACCCCUUCCUGCGCUCACUUCAGCCACCUGGUUUUCGCCUUUCUGAAGGAAGGCCAGAUCGGUGAAGCCCAGAGGAUCUACAACCAAAUGAAGGAGAUUGGUGUAGGUGCUGAUCUGGCCUGUUCCAGGACCAUGAUGAGGGUGUAUCUCGAGCACGGUCUCGUCAACGAAGGCAUCUCGCUUUUCGAGACUACACGCGGAUCGUUGAAACCUGACAGCUUCAUCUUGAGUGCUGCAUUUCAUCUGUAUGAGCAUGCAGGUAGGGAGUCUGAAGCUGGGGAUGUCCUGGAUGCCAUCAGUGUGAAUGGUGCCACUUUCCUUAGGAACCUGAAGGUUGGAUCGAAGCUUAGAGCAAGCUGAAUGACUAACUGCACUGUAAAUAUGCAUCUGGAACAAGCUACAACAGUAAAUGAUGCACUUUUUUCUUUUCUUU